AUGCUUGAAAAGGAAAUUAGGGGGAGUCCAUUGAAGGAACUGAAAGCUGCUCGUGGGGACAGAAGCAUUGCAGCCGGGGGUAAUACCAUUGCCUUUCCUCUUGCGGGAACCAUCGGGUCCGACGGACAAGGGGAAAUGAGGCAUGCUUGCAGCGUCACUUCCUCUGAGGACGAUUGGAGUAAUUGGAGAUUUCAUGCGGUGCCUGCGAUUGCCAAUGACUGUGUUUUCGCCAUACUUCUCGAGUUGGAGAGGAAACUUCUCAUGUUCACUGCAAUCUCUUCUUCGUGGUGGCGUAUGGUGUGCGAAUCAGCUGACAAUGGGAAAACGUGGGCAGAGGCCACUGGGCCACUCUUGCAUCUGUUGAGCGAAUCAAAUGCUUUUUUCUGCGUUAAAUGGUCGUUUCGACCUUGUCACUACAACCAUUGGGGAGAAGACUGUACUACUGUGCACCCAAGUGGCAUUCAUUAG